CAACGCUGAGGGAGUCGUCUCCCUGUCCCUCUCCUUCCCCCACCGGGGCCACCCGCCCAUAAACCCCGAGGAAAACCCCGCACCGGCGGCCAUGGCGCAGCCGGCCGGCGCCGGCGCCGGAGCCGGGGGCGGCAGGGGGCGGGAGCUGCGGAUGUCCAUCGAGGAGGUGGCCAAGAAGCUGUCGCUGUGGCACACGGCCACGUUCCGGCCCAUCCUGACCCACGACGAGCUGGAGCCCAUCCUUGCCUUGGCCGGCUUCGUGCCGGCACCGCCGGCGCCGGCGCCCACCAACGGGCAGCAGGAGGCGGAGUGCCCCCCCGCCGGCGGCGGGGUGGCGUGGCGGGAGUACGCCUACCUCGGGUGCAAUGCCGACGCGGUGGCGGCGGCGCGGCGGCGCCGGCGCGCGGACCCCGGCCCGCGCCCGCGCCUGCCGUACCCGCGCGUCGACGGCCUGCACCUCAAGACCUACGAGGCCUUCCUCGGCGCCGUCGAGGCCUGCCUCGGCGCCGACCGCGUCUCCAACCUCUUCCAUGUCAGGCUGAUGCCGGUGACCAACCCACAUGACCGGGCGUUCGACAAGGUGUUCCGCCCUAUGCGGAACUUCACCCCGGAGGAGGACGGGCUCAUCGUGUACCGUGAGGGCACCCUGGACGACCUCACCUUCGAGAUGUGCAGCCACCACGGCGCCAUCGGAGAUCUCGGCCACCACGUCAUCCCGGGCAUCAGCUGCUCCGACCUCGGCUACCUCCGCAAGGUCGACGGCAACUGCCACCUGGAGGGCUGCUGUGCUAGAUACCCCGCCACAGCCGCCGUCGCCGCCGCCGGCUGUGACUUCUUCACCGUCCAUGUCAAGGAUCUCUUCCCCAAGUAUUAGCUGAAUAAUCUGUGCAAUCUUGAAAAGAUGCAUGGGUCAUGAGCAGAGUAGGUGCUACCGGUAGCUGAAUUAGCAGAGCAGUGAGGCAUCACCAGGUGAUUGCAGUUAGUUACAGUGACAUUAUAGUGUUGGUCAGGGUUGCUCCUUUCCUUUCCGAGUGUAUAAUCUGUUGCGAUCCAUGUGUAUGCAUGUUGAGUGACUCAGCAUAAAGGUUUUGGAGAGGUGUCUGUAGCUGGGUUUAACUUGGAGGAUAGUAAUGGUAUGAAAAAAAAUCAAAUGGAAUCGAUCAGGUAGUGACAUGUUGCUUAAUU